AUGAAGCAUCAACCACAAGACAGCAAGGCGAAUGCCAAUUCCAAGUUUGCCAGAAACCGAGGAUCCAAAGAAAGUAUACCCCCAAGUGCAGGCAAAAUCAAAAAGAAGAUUAGAGAUACGCAACGUACCAUCAGCAGGAAAGAUGUACCUGCGGACGUCCUUACAGAAGCCAAGAGACGCUUGCGUGUGUUGGAAUUUGAUUUAGGAGAAAAGAUUAUCGAUGACCAUGAGCGUGACAAUGCCUCGAAAUACCACAAGGUGAAGCAUUUCGAACGCAAAAAGGUGGAGAGAAAGUUGAAGCAAGCCAAGAAAGCAUUUGAAGACGCAUCGAAAAAGAGCGAUGCUGAACCUGCCAAAAUUGCGGAACUACAAGAAAAAGUGAAGGAAAUGGAAAUCAAGCUAUUGUACACCAAGAAUUAUCCCAAAACAUUGCCCUAUAUAUCAUUGUUUCCUCAAGCAAAUGAGAACGACACCAAGAGUUUGACUAGAAAGACAAAAUUGCUCGAAGAGAUCAAGCAAGCAGUGGCUGAUGGCGAUAAGGAGUUGACAAUGCUACAAAAGCGUUACCGUGAUGUAUACAAGGAAAAGCUGAUUGAAAGAAAGGUCAUUCAACCCGUUGCGCCUGUUGAUAUUGAGGAAAUGCAAGUGGACGCCAAGAAGGAGGACGACGGUAACAGCAGCAGUGAUAGUGAUGAUAACCAAGAUGAUUUCUUUGAAAAAGCUUAA